ACAGCCUCUCCUUUAAGACGAGACCAUUUUACUAGAUUAUUCCUAAUAUUUUACUUGAAUUCUAUCAAUAUUUUCUUGAUUCUUUUUAGCCCAAAAAGUCGUGAUCUUCAUUCCCCAACAUCACAAACAACUUCCUCUUCCUACACUAAAGAGAUAUGCGAGUUUCAAAGUGCACUUCAUACAGUAGAUGCUUUGCUUGAAAUGAUUGAAUGUUUGCGUGUCUAUCUGGCUAAAUUGAGACCAUCAGAAUUCACCGAACUAGUCGCUUUUGAAGCAGCAAUGCUCAAUUGGGAAGCUUGCCUUAAACUUAACCGUUCCGGAAUUUUAUGUCAAUUAGACAGCUUUACAGGAAAAACAGAAAAUAAUAAAAAACGUCAAAAUUCAAUUCAAUUAAAAAAACAAAAACAUCGCUUAGCUACUGGAAAUUUAAAUUUAAUUAAUAACCAUUCUUCGGCUACAACCCUUUUUUCAAAUGAAAAUAGGGGUAAUAAUAAUAGUCAACAACAACAACACAGCCCUUCUACAGCUUCUGACCAUACAGAAGAUAAUGAUGGUUGUGUUGCUGGUACUUCGACUAUUAAAUAUGAACAAAGACAUCAACAACAUGUCUUGGAUCAUAUUUCCGAAAAUGACAGUGGUAUCGACUCCCUUCGACACUAUCAAUCCCCCUAUAAUUCCUAUGCCAGCUCUGUCAGAAGAUUGGAACAAAAUAAUGAAGGAAAUUGUAUUGUAUCCUCUCAGUUAAAAGAGAGGAGAAAAUCGCUUGUAGGAAGCACAAUGUUGGAUAAUGAAAAUGGGGAGAAUUUAAAAAAUUCAAAAGAGAAGAGUGAAAGAAGGGUAAUGAUUACAGCUACAGGAAGUGCUCAAAUGGAUGCUUGUUUAGCUAUUCAUUUGGAUGGAGCUAGGCAACCUUUAGAGAUUAUAUGUCAAGUACAAGGAAGUCCGUUUGAAUAUACAAUGACUAAAAUGCUUUACAGAAUGGAGGUAAUAAAAAAAUAA